UCGCGCCUGCGGAACUGCGGAUCCCGGUUCUGAGAGGGCUUGGGGCUGUUUCCAUUGAAUGACCGGGAAGGGUGAGGCCCCCGCGGUGGCCCGGAGGUUGGGCCCGAGGGUCGUAGGCCACCAGAGCACUAUGACCGGCAAAUACGCAGUCCCCGCCUCCAAAUUUGGGUUUCGGGGUGGCAUUUCUGCGUUCCUGGGAAGCCAGGUCCCUAAGUGGUCCCAGAUGGAGGCACCAGCCGCUACUGGGGGGCUCUGACAAGGUGGCCUCAGCCAUUAGCCCUUUUCCCGCAUCCUUUCUCGAUUCUCGGGGUUGAUCUCCCCAGCCUUUGACUCUGGGAGCCUUCUCCAGCCGCUGUCCCCCCUCCCCAGGUCCCCGCACCAGCUCGCACUAAACACUAUCUUAUGUAUGUACCUGUAAGAUUCCCCUCUAAACCUGGGUCCCUCGGGGCAGAGGCCGAGUGGAUCCAAAUCGUUCAGAGCAAUCAUGGGCCGCCCCGGGCGGGUUUGGCUCCCCCAAAGAACCGUAAUGGCCCGCUCGGGAGGGGUUCUUGGCGCUGGGGCCCAGGGGCAGCAGCUAGUGUUUGGGGGCGGCGGGACCCUCAAGACCUCCGAGUCAAGGGAGUUGACUACAGCCCCGCCAGCACUGAGGGCCUACCUAGCCACAGCGCCCAGCUCCGCCUAAGACUGACACCUGGGUGGGAUUCAGAAACUGGCCUCCUUGCCCUAACCAGAAUUCAGGCUUGCAGAGUAUCUGCAGGUGUUGUUUGCCAACCACCUGCAACGGAAUAAUUUGGAACACUUGUUGAAAGUCCAGAUUCCCGGAUCUUGAUCGGAAGCGGGGGUGGGGGGUGGAGGGUAACGGACUGGGAAUCUGAAUUUUAAGGAAGUCUCUGGAGGGAUGUUGUGCAUACUAGAUUAGGGGAUCGGGAGUUAAAGCAAAGAGUGUAAGUGUCCCGGUUUGUGCUCAUAGCGUUCCUGCAAAAGUGCUUCCACCAAGAGGGACCUUCGAGAAAUUUCUCUGGACGCCGCUGAAAUUAACAAACCUAGUGCCCCUGGGCCUUUCCAGUUUUCCUGGCAGGUGGAUUUCGAGGCAAAAUGUCCGCUUCGAUGAAAGAAUGCCUGCAGCUUCAGCUGCUAGAGAUGGAAAUGCUGUUUUCCAUGUUUCCUAACCAAGGAGAAGUAAAACUCGAAGAUGUAAAUGUCCUGACCAAUAUAAAGAGAUAUUUGGAAGGAAAAAGGGAGGCACUGCCACCAAAAAUCGAAUGUGUGAUUACACUCCAGAUUGAGGAGCCCAAGGUGAAAAUUGAUUUGCAAGUAACCAUGCCUCACAGCUACCCCUAUGCAGCAUUGCAGCUGUUUGGACGGUCGCCCGAGCUUGACAGACAACAGCAACUACUUCUCAACAAAGGUCUCACUUCCUACAUAGGGACUUUCGAUCCAGGUGAGCUCUGUGUAUGUGCAGCAAUCCAGUGGCUACAGGACAAUAGUGCCUCCUAUUUCCUAAACAGAAAGCUUGUUUACGAACCGUCGACACAGGCAAAGCCAGUCAAGAACACGUUCCUCCGGAUGUGGAUCUACAGUCACCAUAUAUAUCAGCAGGACCUAAGAAAAAAGAUUCUGGAUGUUGGGAAAAGGUUAGAUGUGACUGGAUUUUGCAUGACAGGAAAGCCAGGUAUAAUCUGUGUGGAGGGCUUCAAGGAGCACUGUGAGGAAUUCUGGCACACAAUUAGGUAUCCCAACUGGAAACACAUUUCCUGUAAGCAUGCUGAAAGUGUGGAAACUGAAGGAAAUGGAGAGGAUCUGCGCCUUUUCCAUUCUUUUGAAGAAUUACUCCUUGAGGCCCAUGGUGACUAUGGAUUAAGGAAUGACUAUCAUAUGAAUCUGGGCCAAUUCUUAGGAUUUCUGAAAAAACACAAAAGUGAGCAUGUUUUCCAGAUAUUAUUUGGUAUUGAAAGUAAAAGUUCUGACUCCUAGGAAGCCAUUAAGAGGCCUGUGUUUAUAAUUUCAUCACUUAAGUCAGUAUUUCUGUUAAUAAGACCAAAGUAAAAGGGCCAGUGGCUGUUGAGUAUCAUCUGUGAGACACCUAGCUCCAGAAUUUUUACCUGGUAAUGAAACACAAAGGCCUUUUACCUUUUAAGAGUGCAAUUGUGAUGUUAUCUCUGUGUUCUUAUGUUAACUGAAAGCUAUUUAAUUGUAAAUUAAUAAAAACACUUUAACCCAUGAAGCUGAUUUGAUUAAA